CCAAGUCUUCGGCUCCUUUUAUUCUCGAAGAUAUUUUUCUUUUCGCCAAAAUAUUGUUAUCGUGUUCGUGUUCUUCUUGAAUUUUUAUUCGCCAAACUGGUUUCCUCAUAGUUUUUUACCCAAUGACAUGAAAUUUCUUUCUUCUUCUUCUUGGUCAAGAAAGGUGUAUUCGAAACAGAAUGGGCCCUUGUCGUUUGGUGGCAGAUACAGUGUGGAAGGAAAUUGAAUCAACUCAUUCAGUGACAGAAUAUCAGUACUCCAUUUUAAAUUUCUUGUUUGGGAAGAACUUUGAGCGAGCAACUAGGAUUGUUGAUCAAAAGUGUGUCAAGAGGAUUUCAGGACAGCCUAGUGGCCGUUCCAUCUUUCAGGUUGUGGGAGAAUCCAAGAGAAAGGAAGAGUACUUUUGCUUCCCAGAGCACUUUUGUGCCUGCUAUUCAUUUUUCUAUGACAUUUGUAAGCAUCAAUUAGCUGCUAGACUUGCUGCUUCACUCAGAUCAUGCAUUGAAGUUGAGGUGUCUGAUGAGGAGCUAGCUUUCUUACUUUCCAAGCUCUAACAUAUCUUUUGUGACAAACCCAACUUUGGAAUUAUGUAGCUAGAAUUCAUUUAUGGCCCUUCCUUUUUGUGGGUUUGAGUUGAGAUCAUGAGUUGAAAAGUGAAUUUAUGUGAGAGAAAACAUAAGUAAAAAAGUUGAAAUUGAUUUUUCGU